AUGUCUUCAGAAUUUGGCCCGCCUGGGUCUAAUCAACCGACGGUAGAAGAAGUUCUUUCGGAUAACGAGUCCGGCUCCGAAUCCGACGCUGCUCCUGUGGAGGAGACUGGAAAGGCCGCCGGUAAAUCCAAAAAGAAGAAGAAAAAGAAGAAGUCUAAGGCUGCAAAAUUACUUGCUGCGGCUAAAGGAGAAAUACCUGACGAAGUUGUUGCUCAAGUAACUACGCAGGUCAAGGCCCAGGAAAAAGACAAUGCUGAUAUCAAUGAGGAAGAGGUUAGAAAGGCGCUCAACGCGAUGAAGGUAAUGGAAAUGCUACAAGGAAAGACAGGCAUAGGAGGGAAAAAUGCCAAAGACCUUGGGGAACACAAAUUUUGGCGUACACAACCUGUGCCUCAACUAGGUGAUGCCCCGCCCACCGAAGAUGGUCCAAUCGAGCCUAGUAAACCUCGUGAAGAGGUCAGACAAGACCCAUACCCACUACCAUCUGGCUAUGAGUGGUCAACUGUCGAUAUCGAGGACCCUGCACAGGCCAAAGAGGUUUAUGAGCUCCUCACGGCUAAUUAUGUGGAAGAUCAUGACGCCGCCUUCCGAUUUCGGUAUUCUGCAGAGUUCUUUGCAUGGGCGCUACAACCCCCUGGGUAUCACAAAGAUUGGCUCAUUGGUGUCCGUGUCUCUUCGAACCAAAAGUUGAUCGCGUUUAUUGCUGGGGUCCCACUCAAAUUGCGUGUCCGCCAAAACAUCGUCGAUACCUCGGAAAUUAACUUCCUCUGUGUACACAAGAAACUGCGUUCUAAGCGACUCGCUCCUGUACUUAUAAAGGAAGUUACUCGGCGUUGCAAUCUGCGCGGUAUUUUCCAGGCUAUUUAUACUGCGGGUGUCCUAUUACCAACACCCGUGAGUACGGCUAGGUACUUUCACCGAAUUAUCCAAGUGCAAAAGCUGGUUGAUGCUGGGUUCACGCAUGUACCCCGUGGGUCCACGAUGGCACGCAUGAUUCGACAAAACGCUGUUCCCGAUAGCUUUACUCUUGCUGGACUUCGUGAGAUGGAAGAGAAGGAUAUCAAGGAUGUGUUGGAAUUGUAUGAGAAGUAUAUGCAGAGGUUCCAGUUGACUCCUGUAAUGGACGAAGCAGAAAUGAGGCACCACAUGUUGAGUGGCCGUGGGACUGGCGAGCGUAAGGAUGGAAGGAGGGAAGGACAAGUAGUAUGGGCUUAUGUAGUAGAGGAUCCCGAAACCAAAGCCAUUACCGAUUUCUUCUCGUUCUAUUCACUACCUUCAACCAUCACCAAGAGCACGACCGGAGAGGUCGUCGAUGCAGCUUAUUUAUUCUAUUAUGCUACCGCCGAAUCGGGAGGCGAACCAGCCGUCAAGGCGCGAGUCCAGGCCCUGAUCACUGAUGCGCUCGUCUUGGCAAAUAAAGCUAGGUUUGACGUUUUCAAUGCUCUCACCCUCAUGGACAACUACCCCUUCCUCAAGGAACUUAACUUUGGCCAAGGCGAUGGUUACUUAAACUACUAUCUUUACAACUGGCGAACCGCUCCAUUAGAAGGGUUCGUGGCACAACCCGUCGGCGAAGGUGGCAAGGGAAUUGGUAGGGGUAUUGGAGUAGUGAUGCUCUAA